AUGGCGCCUGUCGGGUUGCUGUUCAGAAGGCGGCGAAAGACAACCACGCUUAUACACCACGGCCAAGUAAAAACCAAACCACGUGACCUACAGGCACGUGUUUUGUCUCCUACAAGACGUCACAAUCCACAGCCGUUAGGUCUUGCUUAUCAGAGCCCUCUUCAAUCGAAUGCUCAGCCCUAUGCUAUCUGGAAUCCAGACUUUCGCCACACACGCUCGAGAUACCCAACUCUUUUGGGACACUUGGAUUUGAUCAACUUCUCCUGUGGGCCUGCAUCACACGUCUCGCCUCACGAUGUCAACCGAGGAGGCCCGCCAACGAUACAUUAUAGCCUCCAAUCCACUUCACGGUUUAGUUACCAGGACCCGUCCCAGUAUGUACUGGGAGAGGAAAAGAAGAAGCCGCCCCAUCAUCCCUGUCGACCCGGACCAGACGGACCGGCUGUUGGCAUAAUUCCUCCAGGUCUUCCUCGUCUAUCAGAGAUAGACGUGGUGAACGUGCGUCAGGGAGAUGACAGUGACAAGAAAUAUGAUAAAAGCAGUUGGAACAAUGCAGCACUUAGAGAAGUCUGGAGAAGCACAGGGCACCCAAACGCGUUUUGUUGCACUCCAUAACCUAAUCCUUCCACUUUGAUCAUUAUCAAGUUAUUUCAGUUAUUUUUCAGUUUAAUAAACUUUACAUCUCUUUUCCCGACUUAGUGAUUAUUCUGUUUGUAAUUCUUAUUUAGAUUUUGGAGAGGGAUUCUUUUCCAUUAAUUUUGGACUGAUAUCAAUCAAUUAAUCUUUUGGAGGUGUGGUUCUGCAAGUGCAGAAAUAUGUUGAUAUAUGAAGAAUGUAAUUUUAAACUACAUGUUCACAUUGUAAGUGGGAAAAGGUCUCCAAAUUUCAUUUUGUUUGUACUUCAUUAAAUCCUUGAUACAUUUAAAAAGGGACAAUUAAUAAAAAUCCAAGAAAAUCAUUAUACAGGUGCCAUGAUCAAAAGAACUGAAUCACUGAUACUAUGGCAGAUUUACUGAAACCAAAGCCCCCUGACAAUUCAACUCAGAGACUAUUUAAACCACAGUAGUCCUAAUGACUUGCCUUGGGAGCAAGCUUUUUUUUUUAAAUUUCAUCUUACCCUGAAUCUAGUGUGAUAGUUCUGCUCUGUGGUUGGUUUUCAAUGUCAAGGGGCCAUGGCUUCAAUAAAUGCAUUAUAAACGUGCACAAUUGAAGAAUAAUAAUCAAGUGGGAAAAAAA